UGAAGCCGACAGACCAGCACUACUGGAGACUUUCCUUCAAUUGAAAAUCGGGUGAUGUUUGUCAUAUCCUGCCAAUGAAACCUUAUCUCGGAACCCACGCCCAGCACAUGAAAGCAGCUUGAGUGAAAUAACACUAGCUGAAAAACAACACCGAGUGAGGUGAAGUUUGCAUAACCGGACAACGCUGUCCGUUGGCUCAACUUUACUAUGUGGGUUUUAGGAAAAGAGAUCUGUGUUAGUGUAGUCCUCGUCAUCGCGUACAUAGUGUGUGCCGUGAAAGCUGACUGUGGUGAGAUACCUCCAGUUGACCAUGUCGGUCAUAAUUUGACAAAUGUGAAUCCGCCUUACCCCAGAGGCACGGUGGCAAGCCUCUCUUGUCAGCGAGGAUUCACCCAGUCUGGGUUUCCCUACAAAGUCUGUGGAGAUAAUGAUACUUGGACGAUUCCGUCUGGUUAUCCCCCUUUUCAGUGCAGGCCAAAAUCCUGCGGCGAUCCUGGGGCCAUACGCAACGGAGAGAAAGACUCGUAUGUGUACACAGUGGGUCAGACAGUCGGGUAUUCUUGUUAUGAGGGCUUUGAGAUGGUUGGAAGGGACACAACACUAUGCCUGGCAUCAGGGUCCUGGUCUGUUCCAGCACCCACAUGUAACGCUAUCCAGUGUCCAGUGAUACAGUCCCCCACAAACGGCUAUUUGGUUGGCAGUGAUAGAGGCUAUGACAGCACCAUCAGAUUUGAGUGUAGUGAGGGCUUUACACCUGCAGGUCCUAACACAGCCAAAUGUCAGCUAGACAAGACCUGGACUAACCAACCCUUUGAAUGUCAAGAGAUAGACUGUGGUCCUCCCCCAGAGGUAGCCAAUGCGGUGGUCACCCUUCAGGGAGGUACCACGUGGGGAGAAAGUGCCAGAGUUCGUUGUUUUGAGAAUGCGACGUCCUCUAGCGACCUUGCUUUCAACACGAUUUUCUGUGGUGAUGCAGGUGAUUGGACGCGUCCACCUGAAUGCAUGGCCUGUUGUAGAGUUGCUCCAGUUCAUAACGACACCUCUGUGGCAUUCAUCAGGGGGGAGGAGUGUGUUCCUCACGGUGAGACCAGGGAUGUGUCACUGUACAGUUGUGAUGAGGGGUUUUACAUCCCUAACCCUGUCCACAGUGUGAGAUGUCAGAGAGGCGUCAUGAGCGCUAACAUCACCUGUCUGCCUAUUAUGUGUGAGAUUCCGGAGGUAGAGUUUGGCAGGGUUGUACAGCUGGAGGUUGGCCAAGUUGUGGAGUACGGUAGAAAGAUGGCAGUCGAAUGUGACAGAGGCUAUAAUCUGACAUCUGCUAGCACAGUAGUGUGUAAUAGUAGUGUCAGCUACCCAAGCUGUGAGCCUGCCUGCUGUAGAGUUGUUCCUGUUCAUAACGACACCUCUGUGGCAUUCAUCAGAGGGGAGGAGUGUGUUCCUCACGGUGAGACCAGGGAUGUGUCACUGUACAGUUGUGAUGAGGGGUUUUACAUCCCUAACCCUGUCCACAGUGUGAGAUGUCAGAGAGGCGUCAUGAGCGCUAAUGUCACCUGUCUGCCUAUUAUGUGUGAGAUUCCGGAGGUAGAGUUUGGCAGGGUUUUACAGCUGGAGGUUGGCCAAGUUGUGGAGUACAGUAGAAAGAUGGCAGUGGAAUGUGACAGAGGCUAUAAUCUGACAUCUGCCAGCACAGUAGUGUGUAAUAGUAGUGUCAGCUACCCAAGCUGUGAGCCUGCCUGCUGUAGAGUUGCUCCUGUUCAUGACGACACCUCUGUGGCAUUCAUCAGGGGGGAGGAGUGUGUUCCUCACGGUGAGACCAGGGAUGUGUCACUGUACAGUUGUGAUGAGGGGUUUUACAUCCCUAACCCUGUCCACAGUGUGAGAUGUCAGAGAGGCGUCAUGAGCGCUAACGUCACCUGUCUGCCUAUUGUAUGCAAGGUUCCGGAGAUAGAGUUCGGCAGAGUUUUACAGCUGGAGGUUGGCCAAGUUGUGGAGUACGGUAGAAAGAUGACAGUUGAAUGUGACAGAGGCUAUAACCUGACAUCUGCCAGUACAGUAGUGUGUAAUAGAAGAGUCAGCUACCCAAGUUGUUGGCAUGAAUCUUGUUCCGUGGCAUCGUUACCCCACAUCCAGAUUUCCAGCGUGGAGUCCACCUGUUUGACCUUCAGUGAUCAGUACGUUGCUAACGGCUGCGAGGUGAAUGUUGCCUGUGAAGAUAGCAGUAAAGUGGUAAAGGGCACGUGCGAUUUUGGUCAAUGGCAUGUAGAGAAUUGCCACGGACCCAUUCCUCCGUGGGUGAUAGUAGUCUGUGUCAUUGGUGGGUUGUUGGGUGUUGGUUGUGUCACUUUUCUCGUGGUCUAUUUGGCAAAGAAUUCCAAGAAGUUGAAACUGCGUAGCGGGGCUUCAAAACACCACUCGGAGGUGAUAGGACUACACAAGAAAUAGUUCCCGGUUUCCAGAGGGGAGGGGGUGCCGGCAUGAUUAGUCUGUAGGGGAAGGGGAAGAGGGGAUCGGGCGGGAACGAGCGUUGCAAGAUAAGAUGUAUGCAUAUUCCUGAUAAAAAGUGUAACUUUGAUCCUUCAAGUUUAUAUCAGUCCAGAUCUCUCCGCUAUUUAACUUAUAUAGUGAUCGUUUCUUAGAGAUCUACAUGUGUUUUCUUGUUUUAGUAUAUUUUUUAGCAUAUCUGAUAACUUCAAAAUUUUUUCCUUUAUCAUCACGAUGGUUUGUUUUGUUAUGUACCUGUAUAUGUGAUACAUGUGUUUUACAACCGCGAAAUCCGCACCACACGCACGGGAUUUUGCGAGAUGAGGGCAAAGCCUGUCUCUUUCGUGAUGUUCAUACAUCUAUCGGUUGGCACAUGUGUACUCGACAUGUAGUUUUGAACUGAUAUCAGAAGUUAAGUCAUCCGUCUUUCUUUUACAUGCGAGUAUGUCCCCAUUUAUUUUUGUGUUGGAAUGCACUAACACAUAGGCGUCAAAAAUUGUAAAAAAAAAAAUUGCAAAUGGAAAUUCACAGUAAAAUCACCUCCCCAAAUCCCGUUUGCUCUCACGAGAUUUUCGAAUACACCGCUUUCAAGAAUCUGAUAGUUCAUCGGUGCCAGCUGUUGACCCUUGUGCUUGUCAUUGCUAGUCAUUGCUAGUCAUUGUUAUUAUUGCAAGCUUCACUUUAACUUGUUUAUGGAAAACAGUAAUUAUUCUCAAUAUAAAGUUACUGGUAUAAAUUACCAGGGGGCCUAUGACACGAAAACCAGCAACUGUAAGUACAAAUGAGGAAUUAGUGUUCCCUUUUUCUGGCGUCUUCGGUAUCAGUCGCACGGACCAUAUCUUUGUAAAUGCUACUUCUUGAAGGCUUGUUACCAGACUUACUAAACCGAUAUUACACUUACUUAGGCAUGGGGAAGAACCCCAUUAAUUUUGGUUUAGUUUUUUUAGUUUUGGGUUUGUUUUUUUUUUCUCAAAGCCAUUGACGUGAUUAAAGUUGUAUUUCGUAUCAUAGUGCUUAGACUGGUAUCAUAUGUGCACCCUGUCAUGCCGACGAACCAUAUCGUUUUUUCAUUGACCUUGAUCUAUUUUUCAAGGUCAUUGAAAUUUUGUGAUAGGCUAUUAAACACAAAACAGUUUCAUCAAACCUGUACCACAAAUGGACAAGGCCAUGCGCAAGGGCCUCUUUGUUUUUCAUUGACCUUGGCCGAUGGAUUUGUUUUCCCUACCGAAAACCGUUGUUUUUUCUUGUGGACUGUAUAGGGCAUUGAUAAUAUUUUUCGUUAUUUCUCCUGUCACCUCUGUAAGACCACUUGAAGCCCAAUCUACUCUUUUGGAUAGGACGCGUCUUGUUAUUGAGGACUUCGUUGAGGUAAAUUGAGAAGAUGGCGGAUUUCAGCGUUUGCGUGUGACCAUUUCCUAAUUAUCAUACUGUCACUGCUCUAAAGCACCCCUAUGUUACCCUAUUGUUUAGCUGGCGGAGCCAGAAAUUGCGUUCAUGUAUUUAAUGAGCCAGCUCUAAACGAGUUAAUUUCCUAAUUAAAGGCUGAAUAGAACUAAAAUUUUUAAAUUAGCCCCUGUGUAAGCCAAAAUAGGUAUUAAAUUUGUCCAAAAUUUUCCUCCGGCACAAUGUUAUGAUGUUGGGCCUUUGACCAUUGACCAUUGUGCUAUCUAAGUAAACAUUUAAACUCGCCCCAGUAGCAGUUGAAAACAUUAGACAUGUCUGUUCUUCAUUUUUUUAAAAAUAUUGUUAAUACUAUGCCAGACAACUUGCCUCUCCUAAAAGGAAUUGAAACAUUGCCCAGUAACAAUAUUGGCUUUCUGGAUUCUCAGCUACAUGGUAAUGUGGUUAGAGUUAAGGGAGAUAAUCAUGGCAGUGUGGCCAUUUUUAGUAGAUGUCACUGUGUUGUUAUCUGUCUUAAUGUGUUGCCCAUCCACAAAUGCGAAAAAGGAGAAGGUGGAAAAUACGAAACCUUGAAAAUUUACAUGAAUAUUCCGAAAUAAGUCGUGGUUAAGACUGGAAUGAAUAUCCCAGAGUCAAUUUACAUGUUUCCUGCAAGUAAUUGUAGAGCCAGAACUUUUGGGUUGGGUAUUUAAGUAGCAUUUUGUAUUUGAUACAUUCACGUGUGUUUUGUAAAGCUGAGAUAACGUCUGUGACACAUGCAUUAGGUCUGUUGCAUAUAAUGAAGGUGGAGGCGUUGAUGUUCAUGUCCAGAAUUCCAGAGAUAUUCCUUACGAUUCGAAAUCUCUUUAUGGAAGGUUUGCAAGCUUCUAGCGCAAGUGUUGGAAGUUCGUCAUGUAAGUAAGUCAUUGUCAUGUAGUGGUAGGUGUAGGAAGGUCACCAUGUGUCGUGGAAGCUCAUGUAGGAAAGCUGAUGUAGGGAAACUUAAUGUGAGUCAUGGGAAGCUCGUGUAGGGCUUGGAAGCUCUUCAUAUAUCCUGGAAGCUCAUGUUGGGGAAGUUUUCAUGGGAGUCGUGGAAGCUCAUGUAAGGCUUACGGAAACUAUUCGUGUAAGGCGUGGAAUCUACUCCUGUGUCAUAGAAGCCCAUGUAUAGUGCGUAGAAGCUCUACACAAGAAACGUGCAGACCAUUGCAAACAAUCU